UCCCUUCUUCAUUGUGACGACCAGAAGACCGAGACAUCACCAUGGGCAACAUUUUCCGCACAGCCUCUGUCUGGCUCAAGGUGGCCAUCAUCUGUAUGGGCCUGGGCCUUCUGCUGUUCGUGAUUGGCUUCGCCACUGUCGCCUGGAAGGUAGACCGAUACCCGGGUAAAACAGAGGUGGGCCUGUGGCAAACUUACUACUGCUCUGGCAGGGGUUGCGGCUCUUACAAAUACGCCGUUGUCACUGACUUUCACAGAGCUGUCCAAGCCAUGGAGUGCAUUGGCCUCAUUGGUUUCUUCCUGGCCAUCCUUGUCUUGUUGCUCUAUCUGUGCAUGGACUCCUGCAGACGCCGCGACUUCCUCCAGGCAGCCACAGUUUUUACUUUUGUCGGCGUUGUCUUCUCAUGCAUUGGCUACACCAUGUUUGGAGCAUCUGACAGUGAUUACAACCUUGGGAGAGGCAGAGAGGUGGGCUGGUCAAUGGGCGUGGCUAUUGCUGGGACUGUAGCCUAUGGUGUGGCUGGACUCAUGCUUAUCUUGCAACUGAUUGGGCGAUGAGGAGAAGGAAAGCAGGCAAAGCCCUUUUCCAUAGUGAGGCAAGGGAACAACACAGUCAGCAAAUCUGGCUUUGCACAAACACUUUACACUUUUUCGCUUUCUUUUAUUGAGUACUCUGAAGCAGAAUUUGGACACCAAACACAUUUUAAAACCUCUUCAUGUGGUCUAUGCAUUGUAAUACAUGUAUUUAAGAGUCAUUUCAAUACAUUUUUGUGCUGAUGUAUAGUUGAGAUACUAAAAAUUUUAUAGGUGAAAACUUGCUAAUUUUAGAUCAGCAUUUUCAUGGGAUGAUGAGUGGCAGAACUUGUGAGGUGACAUUAAAUUUAUUCAUUCAAAUUACUGGUUUUAGUUUCUUCUUCUCACAUAAAAUUGUGUAUUUCCCAUAACAGACAGUAACUUUCCUGCCCACUAAGUUCUACUUGUGAAUUUUUAAAAUGAACUGUAAAAACAGUGCAUGGAGGGUUGCAGUUGAAGUAUGCUUCUGAGGGUGGAGGGAAGAAGUUGUGCUGGAAAUGAAAUGAUUUGUAAGGAAUAGAAGGAAUAAUGAGUGAGGCAGCAUAAUUGGAAGCUUUUAGAAUGCUUAAUGUGUGAACUUUAUCGCGUGAACUUUUCAUUUAUAGCUAAGUACAAAUUCAUGAAGAUGGACUCAUAGAACUGACAAAAAGCCAUCUUUUACUCAGAGAGCUAAGAAUAUUUUGCCACCAACAUAAAAAAACGAAUUAAGACUGCAGUAAAAGUUAAAAAAAUAGUCACAAAAA